GCCUUCCUCUUUCGACAUCAAUCGCCAUCAUCACCAUCUCGUCCCCCCACACCAGAAUAUGGACACCACGGCACCUACUACUACCCCCGCCCCCUCCAGCGUGCUCUUUGCGCGCGGCGUGAUCGCGCGCCUAGCGAUCUGGGAGGACCUCCGUGUCGCCGUGCAGGAGAACUGGGGCGGCCCGAACGCGGCGGCAAAGCGCACCUGGCUCGCGGGCGAGAUCGUGGACGCGUUCGAGCGCGAGGCGGACACGCCGGACGACCAAUACGUGGAGGAGAUGCUUCUGCAGGUCAUGGAGGACGAGUUCGACACCGUGAUCGAGGACGGGAGCGGGGAGGAGGUUGCGAAGGAUAUCGUGCGCGUGUGGGAGGAGACGCGGCGAGGGCAGGCAGCGCUGGUCACGCGCUUUGAGGAGCUGGCGGAGAAGCGGAAGGGGAAGGCGACGAAUGUGCAGGUGCAACCGGGGGCGCCGGAUGAGGAGGGAGAAUGGGAGGAUGAGAGUGAUGAAGACGAGGAGAUAGACGAGGCGCCACAGCUGAUCGAACGCCGGGCACCGCAGCCAAAACCAGAGCCGGAGGUCGACGAAGACGGCUUUACUACAGUGGCCAAGGGAAAGGGGAGAAGUCACUGAUGGCCGUCUGUCCUUGUCCCUCCCUCCCUUACCCGCCCUGCUGUCCCCCCAUCGCACCCCUGACCCUACAGCCUGUCAUCACCAUCUCUGAUUAUGUGUGUGGUGUACAAUGUUCUAUAUAUCUACUUUCUUGCAAUGUCCGCUUCUACAC